AUGGCACUUACAACAGAAGAUUCAGGAAAAAUUUGUUAUGACAAAUAUGUAACGGAAAUAGAUGUGCAAUAUAUUGUCAAAAAGUAUUUUAAUGAUAGUAACUAUGCAAUGUUAGAUCACUAUAGUGUAAAAACUGCUAGUACUAAAAUGUUAGGAUUUCUGUCCGACUAUCUAAAAAUAACUGUUUAUACAAAAAAUAGCAAAACGGAAGCAAAAGAAACAAUACAAUGUUUUUUGAAGUGUAUAUCAAAGGUAAAUAAAGCAAAAGCAGCCAUGGUCCGCGAUCUCAAUCUACUGUCUAAAGAAGUAAUAUUUUACUCGGAUGUUAAGAACAAAUUGUACUCUCCGGCCAUAAAGCCCUGGAGUCCAAGAUUUAUUACCAGCAUUAAGGACGCCAUCGUCCUUGAAAAUUUAAAUGCUAGAGGCUAUAAGGUGCGCGAUAAGUUGGUUGCUUUCGAAGAGAACCAUACUUUACAAGCUUUGAAAACACUCGCCGCAUUUCAUGCUGCCUCUAUUAUAUUCGAAGAAAGAAAUUCCAAGAAACUAAAAAAUACUUACCGGCUCAACGAUGAAUUUGAUAUUUUGUCAACUGUAGGGGCAUAUGAAAAAUGUGAUCCCUGGUUUGUACAAUGUAUGGAUGGAGCUCUACAAGCUAUUAAAAAUCAUUCAAAAUACUAUAAGAAUGAAAAAUGUAUCAAGAGUAUUGAAGAAAAAUGGCAAACAGUUUGGGAGUCGGCUUUGCACCUCAGUAAUUAUUCCACGAAGCAUCGGAAUGUUAUCUGUCAUCGUGAUUUGUGGAAUAACAAUAUUUUAUUUCAUUACGCGGAUGAUGAUGGACGUGACGUGCCUGAUGACUGUUUAUUGGUUGAUUUCCAAGCAUUUAAAUCACAACCGCCCGCUGGCGAUGUAAUGUGCUUUAUUUAUUGUAAUUUAGACCAAAAUUACCGGAACGAAAAUUUGAGUAAAUUCCUUAAUUACUAUUACUCUGAGUUACAAAAUAAUUUAACAAGUCAUGGCUUAUCUGCAGAUUUAUUGAGUAUUAAUGAGUUUCUAGAGUCAUGUGAGGAACAGCGCUUGUGGGGCUUGAUAGUAAGUGCGUGUCUUCUACCUUUAACUUGGAUCGACGAUCAAAUCACAACAACAGUGUUCACCGACACGGUUCACUUUGAUAACAUCCUUUUUAAAGACAGGGCUUCGUUCAUUCUAAAAAUGAUGGAAAGCAACAACAUCUACAAACAAAAGGUAUUAACAAUUUUCGAAGAGAUCAUCGAAACAUAUUGUCUUAAUUAAUGUAGGUGAGGAAAUGUAAAUAAAAAUGCUUAUAUUA